AUGGCUGCAGUGGUUAGCCAUGCAAUGCGACGGUUUCCGACUUCACCAUCGGACACCCCGUAUUCGUCCUGCAGAUUUAAAGGCGGCAGUAGUAGCCGUAGCGAAGGUUCAAGCGCUCUCUCGCGCUCCAUGCGGUACGCGGAUCCCUGGCUGUACGGCAGCGUGCAGAGCGGGGGCGUCGCGACGCCGGGCGCCUUCCUGCUGACGCCGGCGUUCGCGCUGUGCGCCUGCGCCCCGGAUUGUUCCGGUGGCGGCGGAACGAAGCGGGCCGCCAAGAAGACGCAGCAGACGACGUGCAAAAAGUGCAAAGGCACUAGGCUACCCGUAUCGGCGUUGGACUCGAAAUUCGGCACGGUGAGAUGCUACCCCACCACCGUCCUGGCGACCAAUCCUGCGCCUGCGCGCGCCGGCACCGUCCGCGUCACCUCCUGCCACGCCAGACCGACCAUCCUGCCGCCUCCAGCCGCCUCCAACGCCGCCUGCGACCCUUACGACCUGGUGCGCCGCUCCCGGUUGACGGGGGCGGUAGAAAACCCUUCGAGCGGGUUCAGGGUACGAUCGGUGUCGCCGAGAGAGGCCAGGAAUCACGGGAUAGGUGGUGACCACCAAGACCCCUACAUCACUCCCAUUGGCCGUCGCUCCAUCCUGGAGUGCGACAUCAACCCCUACGAGCUAGUCUCCCCUGACUCUUCCACUGGCCCACAGCCCAGCAUCACCCUGGUCAAUGGCCAAAGGAUCCGCGUCAGACCUUCCAGCAAUGAUGAAGACUUCGAGGACAACCAGAGGUACGAGGACGUCCAGUUGAGGCUGUCUUCGCCUGCCAAAUCCAUGGCCAAAACACAGAAAACAAGUUUGAAGACGGUUGCUAAGAGGCCCAGCUCGAUGCCUGCAAUUACGAAGGAGAGGCAUGGAGAUAAUAAGCAACAAACGAAUAAUGGCCCCACGUCUAAAUCGAGAACCAAAACUAAUUCGCUUCAAGAGAGCGGCAACGACUACUACAACUGCCAGUUCAAAUCCAUCUUGAAGAAAUCCUCCAUUUACGAUGACGUAGAAUCAGAUGAAGUUGUCCAAACAAGAAGUCCUUCGCCUGUCAAACGAAAAGGAUCUCAAUUUUAUAUUCCUAUGCCCUCAUCGCCCGGUGUUGGGGCCAAGAAGAAAGUUCAAUUUCUCGUCGAAAGCGACGCAACAGGCAAUGACAACAACAUUCCCGGUGGAAAAACUGCCGAUGAAAUUGAAUGUAGCAGUGAAGACGAUGAGGUUUUUGAAAAAGAAGUUGAAUGUAAGGAGGUACAAAAUACACCCGAAAAUGAGACCAUUAGAAGACCACCUGCUUUAUACAGAAGCUUUAGCGACAGAAUACGAAGAGAAGAAUCCAAAGUCAAUUUCAACGAUACCAUGGCCCUCCGUUGUCUCAAACAGAGAAGGAACCUGCCAAUAGACUUCUCCGAUCUCGACAGACUCGACGGCACAGUCCGUAAAGCCAUCAGGAAAGUCAGUCCAAGACCUAAUGUCCCACCACCACCACCACCUCCACCUCCAAAACAAGAAAAAUAUGAAUCUAAUUCGACCCCAUCAAGUGAAAAAGUUGAGGCACCACAAGUUAAUCAGGAAGAAACACUUUCCAAUGGGUUGGAAAAACCUGAUGAAGUCACUUCGAUGGAAAAGCUCGACAGAUGUAUCAAUGGUGACAUAACAGUUCCAGUUCCUAUCCAAACAGAUCCUCCUUCAGUUCCUCCUAGAAAAAGAAGCAACAACAAACAGCCCACCGUGAACACCGUUCAAAUCGAAGCCCCAAUGAAUAAAACUAUCGUCAGGAUAAGCAGCCCGCCAGCAGUACACAAACUCCAAAUAAAAAACGAUUACUCCGAGACUGUAGCAGUUCCCUCCUUGUCAAUCAUAGAGAACUCUCAAAGAAAAACGUCGAUCUUAAUCAAUGGAGACGAUUGUUACUCCACAGUGAACGUAGGCGACUCAGUGCCACUCUAUCAGUCCUCUGUGGUUGUCAAAGACACGCCAGCUUCCAAGCAGAAGAAGUGCAGCAGUAUCUACAUAACAGGAGCGUUCACCCAGCACGAAAACCUCCCUAGUUCCUCAGAAAAAGAUCCUGCUGAACUAGACACAGCGACAAAUGAUGUUAAAGACAUCACAUCAGAGACGGUAACUUCUUCAGAGCUGUUGACUGAACUGUUGAGGGACCCUGUGGAGGCCGUACGUCGCAACUUGGUACCUCACGUCUGCGGCAAGUCAGAUGUGUCUAGGAGACCGCGCGACAAGAAAACGGUACACCAUAGCAAAUUCCCUCCAGGCUGCAAGAAAGACGCUGGGAUGUCAGAGGAUAGAAAUAAGAUGUCGAGCUCGUUCGAAGAGUCGCUGUUCAAGAUGUCGCCCUACGAGACCGUUUGCGACGACUUGUCAUCAGAGCACAGUUCCUCCACGCAGUACGAGUUCAUGGACGCCGGCUCGGAUUGUUAUACGGACAACAGUAACAGGAGUUCGAUAACGGAAGAGGAAUUGGCCAAUAGGACGAAGUUUUACGAGCUGCUGGCGGAGUCGAGUGCCGUGGAGGUGACGGAGAACGAAGACCAUCUGUACGAGUGCAUCAAGAUCAGCAACGAUCCGAUUUAUGAGGAGAUCGAGAUCCCGCCACCGUUGCCCAGCAAUCCGCCGCCUGCUAGUCUGGUCGAUGAUCUCAAUUUGGAUAAGGAGUUCACCACAAGGUCCAUCUUCGAGGGAGCCUCCAAAUACGACAUCCUCAGCUACCUGGUGGACGCCAAAGAGCGAGGCAUCGUCCAAGAAGACCACCCCUUCACCUACAACUUCUCCCACCACAACCACCAAAACCAAACGGAAGAAGACAUCCGCACCAUCAGCGAUUCCAGCGAAGACAACUCCUUGAUCAUCUCCGGAGCUCUCAUAGACGAAAAAGCCACUUUCCAGAAGACAGCUGAAAUCGAAAGGAACGAUUCCGGAGUGGGCUCGGAAACCAGCAAAAGCUCCUUCAGCAAGUACAGGAGCAAACCGGAGCUCUGUUUUCCCUGCGAAGACUGCGAAGCAAUCCUAGACAGCAAACUGGAAAUAGAAGCUUCCUUGUGCAGAAAGUGCUCGAAGAAAAGAUCCGAACGCAAAGAAAUCAUAACAGAGAUAGUGGAGACCGAGGAAAAAUACAGUAGGGACCUGCAAAUCAUCCUGGAAGAGUUCUACCAGCCUAUGCUGGUGGCAGGACUGUUAACACCUGAUCAGCUCUCGGCUAUCUUCCUCAACGUGGAAGAACUCCUGGAAAACAGCCAAGCCUUGGCAGAGAAGCUCAGGGAUGCAGUGGAGAUAGCCACGGAGCAAGGCGAUGAAGAUUUGCUUACUGUUAAUACGGGGAAACUCUUUCUGGAAGCCAUACCGAUGCUGCACGCCUUCGAAACUUACUGUGUACGACAAGGCAGUGCCAGCCUCCUAUUGGCCAGCCUCGAGAAGGACAAAGAACUACUCAGGAUCUUUCUGAGAGUGUCGCAAAUGGAGAACGCCAUGCUGCGGCGCAUGAACCUUAACUCCUUUCUCAUGGUUCCCGUCCAAAGGGUCACCAAGUACCCGCUCCUGCUAGCCAGACUCUACAAGGUCACUCCGGCGCACCUGCACAACAAAAAUGAGUUGAAGGAGGCCCAGCACAAGAUAGAGUUGCACCUCAAUCACAUGAACUCCGAGACCAAGGACGUGCCGAGCAAGCUAUGGAGGAGGAUAGGUAGCAGUUCGGGCAGGAGGUCCAGCGCCGAAAUGGAUCUGGUGAACAUCAAAUUGAGGAAGAUCGCUGUCGAUGUUCUGGAAUGGAACCAUGAGGAGGCGCGGUUCGCGUUGGAGGGGAAGCUGCUGUUCACGCAGCCGACUGACAAUAAUUGGAGGAGGGGCAGGACCAUCAAGUUGACGCCUGUCAACGCGCUGCUGGUCGUCAACGGAAAGCCGAUUUCGAGCAAAACGACCGACAGGCCGGACGAAAACGGCCUCGUAUUUUCGAGACACGGAGCGAGAGAAGCGGCCCUCUUAUUGGUCAGAGACAAGAACGGUCGAUAUUCCCUCCUGAGGGAACCUCUUUAUCUGGAUCGAUGUGUGAUAGCGGCAGAUCCGGCGUGGCAAAGCUACUUCGAAGUACAGGAAUUAUUGGGAAGAGACACAUUCAUAUUUAAGGCUGAAGGUGAGGAUCAAACGAACAUCUGGUACAAACAAUUGCAGUUUUUCGCUCAAGGAAUGGGCGCAUGGAGAAAACGAAGAAACGCUCUUGCCAACAUAAUGAUUAACGGAAUGGGUUUACGAUCAUAA